CCGAGGAGCAGCAGUAAUGAGUCCGGUGCCUCCUCUGUGAGCUCUCCUGCGCGCGCUCGUGCCUCAGCCCGUUGAUGAUGGAGGCAGAGAGCUGCCGUCGGCGGCUACUCAGGCUGCUCCUCCUGUUCGGCUUCUUGGCCCUCCACAGCUCGGCCAUCGACACCGUGAACGUGGUGGACUUCUGUGGCCAGACGAUCCGUGGCGACGGCAUGAUCGUCAACUCGCACCAGGAAUCCAAGAAGUACUACUUUGUGACAAUGGCGACUGACUGCCACCUCACCAUGCAGGCCAGCUCUCCUAAGGACAAUGUCCAGUUCCACUUCCGCUUCUUCCUGGUCUACAGUUUGCUCCGAGUGGCCCCUCUGAGCCCGGCCCCUCUCUUUCCAGAGUCCCCUCGUGGCUCCGCCCCUCUCAACCCCAGACUAGAGCCCACCUCUGGUGAAAGCUCGGGGGACCCGUGUCAUGCCGGCUCAUACGUUCAGUUCUAUGAUGGACGGGACCGGAACUCGCCUCCCCUCGGGCACCCUCUUUGUGGGAAGAGCCCGCCCCGGCCGGUGUUGUCCACAGGGAACUACCUGACCCUGAGGCUGGUGACCCGGGGGACUCAGCCCCGCGUCGACUUCGUGGGGGACUUCACGUCCUUCAGACUGGGUUUCAACCAAUCAGAGUGCAGCAAUGAGCCCUAUUUCACCUGUAGAAAUGGGAAGUGUAUCCCUCUCAGUCUGGUGUGUGACGAUAAAGGCAUUGACAACUGUGGGGAUGGAAGUGACCUGGAGGAAAACUUGACCACGGGUUGUAAAGCAGGUCAGCUUUUACCUCCUGAACCUCCGCCGCCAAUAGCAACCCCACCCCUACCUUUUGUGAAUCCACCCACAGUGCCGAUUCCUACUCGUAACAACUGUGGCAUGGCAGACAGCGCUCCCAGUCAUGAGUCUGUAACAGACUCCCCUGCCUCCCUGUCCCUGCUGGUUCUCUACAUCGUCCUGGGUGUGGUGGCCGGCGGCGUGGUGCUCUGCUGGUGUUGCUGGUCGCCCGGCUGGUUCCUUUGGCGCGUCAGCGUCUGUCGCUUCUUGCCCUGCUGCAACUCGGCCUGCGCCUCCUGCCAGCUCUGCGCCCGCAGCUGCACCCACAACAAGGAGCACCGACUGGCAAAGGUCACCCCACACACACCAGGCAACGGGGCCCCUUCAGGCACGGCAGCCACCGCCAACGGUGCAGAUGAAAAUGUUACCACGGCAGCUGUUUAGAGCAGGAUGGCGAUCUGUUGAUCUGUUGAGCACAUACUAAGACUUGGGAACAGUGUGGUGGUGGAGAUGAACAGUUUCUGGAUUAGGCACCGCAACAUCACCAAGUAUCUUUAUGGGGAAAGUCGGACCGAUGUGGUCCAGUUUGCAACGCUGAAACCAUUUGAGUUGUACUGUGUUUUGUAUUGCUUUAAAUGUAAUGAGGAUGCAGGUGAUGGGGCUGCUGUGUUUAUGUUGUUAUAAGAAGGUGAAGCAGGGUACUGUAUGACUAUGGAUUGUGUAAAAGGUACGAAUGUAUCUGAAAAGAUAGGAGGCGGGGUUCUUACAAUUACUCAAGAAACGUUUUUGUUUCGCUUAAGUCAUCUCUUACUUGGCCGGUUUUUAGAGGAGACAAUGAAGAGUACUCGAUUCUUAGUCCUACAUUUGUUUGUAUAUAAACAUACUGUUCUGCUCUUCCUUAGAGGAAACAAUUUAGUCCCACAGUGAAACCACACUUCCAGUCCACAGCUUUGACCCAAAGUGUGCCACAGACAGACGCAUGCUGAGGAAACAGCCCCAGAACUACAAAGUCACCCACCUGGUGACAACAGCUGUUCUCUGCUGGAGAAAUUCCUCCAAACUUUCCAUUCUCCUCCCAGCAGUCCUCUGUUGUUCCACAUAGAAGCCAAUGUGGAGUUUGAACAAUAGAGCACAAAGUCGCCCCGUCUAUAGUGGGAAACGUUUUUUUAAUUCUUGUCAUUUAAUGCACACAAGCCAAUGUGUCAUUAACAACACCUCUAACAUAAUGCUAGAUUACAGUUGUCGUUACUUAAACUCUUAAAGUCGUGUCUUUUGGUUUGUGUGAUGGUGAAUCUCAUCAGGACUAGUAAACUGACAAGAAAUAUACUCCCCUGCAGAGUGUCUUCAAACAUGUUUGUUGUUAGAUGCCACCGCCAUGUGGCCGCUAAGUCAAGUCUGAAUGUAUUUCUGUUUAUGGCGGGGCGGUUAUGUCUCAAACUUAUUAUGUGUUCAGCCAUGAUAGUGGCAUGGACAGUGUUGGUUGGUUAAUCGGUUGGUCCACCACUUUGACUCAGACUGAAACAAAUCAACAACUAACGGAAUGCAUUGAUAUAUAUGUACAUUCAUGUUUACCUGGGAUCAGAUGAGAAUAACAGAAACACAUGUCACAGAGAAAGCUCUCAAGUUUCAAGUAAUGCACUUGCGUCUGCACCAAUCAUGAGCUACUGGCAGCCAUGAGCAUGGUUUAGAUGUGAGGGAAACGACACACAAAGGAAACUGUCUAUUCCAAACAACAAUGGUAAAUGGUAAAUGGAAUUGUACUUGAAUAUCCUACGACUACUCAAAGCUUGAACACUACAUGUCAUUAUCACCCAUUCACACCCAUUCAUACACUGAUUACAGGGGCUACCAUGCAAGGUGCCCCCUCAGAACGAAGCAGUCACACCCAUUCAUACACUGCAGACACAACUACAAGUAAUUUAGGGUUAAGAGUCUUGCCCAAGGACACAUCGACAUAAUAACCAUAUUUUCUCCAUAAAGGUGACAUUGGAUUAAUACAUAGCACCCGUUUGGGUCAGACUGUACCGUCUCAAUGACAAAGGGUAAUUAAUUCCUAAUGAUAAUCACAACUCCUCUACUUCUGGUCGAAAAAGAUACAGAAUAUGCCGGUACUACCCAGUUUUUUUCAUUUUUAUCAUGCUCCACCUUACUUAAAUAGGUCUCCUGUACUAAAACAAUCCCUGCUCUUUCUUUUAAUGUUAUGCUUUGGGUGAUUGUCACCUUGGAUGUUUCAGCUGUGGACUCUCAAUUCUUCAGAUCUUGGCAUUUUAUCCAUUAUGAAUAUUUAGUUGGGAAAAAUUUACUGAGCUGUUUUUAAUUCCAUAUCAAUUAGUUUAUUUCUAAUUCAGUUUAUAAUGGUAGUAAAUAAGUAGUACCAACUAAAUCUAUUUUUAGCCUUAACCUAAAAUAAAAAAUAAUGGACACUAUGGAAAAUACUGCAUCCUGGGAAAUAUUAUUCACUAGACUUCACAAUAACGUUUUAUAAGUUUGAACACACUGUAUUUCCAAGAUUAGUUUGUCGUGUUUCUCCAACUUGCAGGUCAGUUUGUGUAAAACUGGUUAAAAAUCUCACAGUUCAAACCAGGAUUGGAUCACUUCCUCCUCCGCACCGCUGUCGGCCGUUUGUUCUCUAUGGGACUCCGAGGCUGCUUGGUUGACACUGUGGAGGGCUUGGCAAAGAGUCAGCAGCUCCACUCUGUGUGUGUUGCCUCUGGUAUCCCCUGGCAACCUUUCAAGUCAAAUCCCUCUUUCUAUAAAAGUCAGGAAAGAACACCUAUUGUCACUGUAAUUUGACUUUCUGCAAUUCACCUUUUAACCCCUUUAAGCCCUUUUAACGGUUAGAUUGGUAUACAGUGUGCAGCAGCUGGAGGGUUCAAACGGGUUCAAAUGUCAAACGGGCUGACACAAAGCAACAUUUCUGUAGAGGCAUUAAUGUCAGAAAAGGAACUUUAAAGUAAAAGUACUUCAACUCUGCA